GAGGAAGAACUGAAGCUGAAGCCAUUUUCUGCGUCGUCUUCUCCCUCUCUCUGGGGAACACACAAAUCUAUACAAUAUUGGUAGCUACGCGCCGACGCAGUACACACACGCUCGAAUGCGGUGCAGUUUCUAAGGCACAGUUGCUGCUGCAACACUUUCCACAUGGAGUUCCCGCUUUACGAGACGCGACGCCACGCUUCUUCUUCCACAUCACCGUCUUCUUCUUCUACUACUACUACACUGCAAAUUCCAAAUUACCCUCCGCAACGCCAGGCCAAUGAUGGCACUGCAGGGAGCUUCCGCUCUUUGCUUUCGGUUCGAGGUGUGAGUCAGCUGAAGGAGAAGUGGACGGAGUAUAAUCAGCCGAAGAAGCUCAGGAGAUUGGUGUCGCUGUUUGUUUCCCCUACCGCCAAACACGUUGCGGUCGCCGCCGGGAACCGGAUAACGGUUCUCAGUAAAGACGAUGAUUAUCAAGUGCCUUGCGGCAUUUUCGCCGGUCGCAGCCUUGGUACAUUUAGUAUGGGAGCGUGGUCUGAAGAUGAUGACAUUCUUGGGGUUGUUGAUGAUACUGAUACGCUAUAUUUUAUCAAAUUCAAUGGUGAAGUAAUAGCUGAAAUUGUGAAGAAGCAUUUGAAAAUAUCUUCACCGAUUGUUGGCCUAUCUUUUGAAAAUGGGUCAGAUGAGCACAAGUCUUACAUGUUCUCUGUCAUUACAUCUGAUGGUUCACUUCAACAAAUUGAGCUCAGUUAUGGACAAAGUGGCUAUACCUUUCCCAAUUAUACUUCUUAUCACUGGAAAAAUCUCUGCAGCAAUAUUUUCUGCCUUGACCGUCAUCAUGAACUUAACUUUUUGGUGGCUGUUCACAAGAAUUCUGGGUCUUGCCAUCUUUCUCUUUGGCAUACAAAUUCAAGUAGAGAACUGGAGCAGUUGUCCUCUUUGCAGUUUAAGGGAUUAUAUGUAAAGCCAAAAGAUUUCAGAGGUCAACUAACAUAUCCAAAGGUGCUAAUCUCACCACAAGGUACAUUCAUUACUACACUGGAUUUGACAGGGUGCUUGCAUAUUUUUAAGUUGGACAGAAAAGGCUUUACACUAUCUCGGCUUUGCUUGGGGGAGCUAGACGAUUCAUCAAUGUUUGAUAAUUUAUCAGUUGGAGGGAGUAGGUCCUCUGUGGGUCUUAUGGAUUUUAUGUGGUGGAGUGACCAUAUCCUUGCUGUUGUAGAAAGGAAUGGUGUUGUUUCAUUGAUUGACAUCCUAAAUGGUUCAAAAGUUCAGGAAGAGGGUCCUGCAUACUUUUUGCCUGUUGUAGAAGGUGCACCAAAAUACAAGGGCUGUCUUUUUCUGUUAGCAACUCCGUCAUCUCAAGAAAGAUCUAAUCCUUCUGAUGUUGGAUCAACAGAUGAGUUACAACAUAUAGAGUGGAUCACUGAAGAUAGGCUUAAUCAGUUUCACUUUUCUAGGUUGCUCUGGUGCCUCAUUACUUUUUCUGAGAAAUCUGUCCCUGAAAUGUAUGGUAUAUUGAUUAGCAAGAAAAGAUAUCAUGAUGCUCUGGAUUUCGCUGAUAGUCAUGGACUGGAUAAAGAUGAAGUUCUGAAGUCACAGUGGUUGAAUUCUAGUCAAGGAUUAAAUGAAAUAAAUAAAUAUUUGUCAAGUAUUAAGGAUAGAGAGUUUGUACUUUCCGAAUGUGUUGAUAGAAUUGGACCUACAGAAGAUGCUGUGAAAGCUUUACUGGAUUAUGGUCUCCACAUCACUGACCAUUAUAGAUUCUCAGAAGUAGAUGAUCAUACUUCUACUCUAGUAUGGAAUUCUCGUUUGGCCAGACUUCGAAUUUUGCAAUUUAGAGAUAGGUUAGAAACAUUUCUCGGAGUAAACAUGGGAAGGUUUUCUGUGCAGGAAUAUGGCAAGUUUCGUGUUAUGCCUAUUAGCGAAGCUGCUGUAGCACUGGCUGAAAGCGGAAAAAUUGGUGCCUUAAAUUUGCUGUUUAAGCGUCAUCCAUAUUCUUUAUCUCCAUUUAUGUUGGAAAUUUUAUCUGCCAUCCCAGAAACAGUUCCUGCCGAAACAUAUGUGCAGCUUCUUCCUGGGAGAUCUCCUCCUGCUGGUGUUGCAGUGAGGAAAGAUGAUUGGGUUGAAUGUGAGAAGAUGGUUUGCUUCAUUAACACAUCAGUUGAAAGCCAUGACAUUCAAAUCCAAGCCAAAACUGAACCACUUGUUAAACAUUUUCUUGGAACUUUUUGGCCAUCAAUUGAUGAGCUCACCAAUUGGUAUAAAAAUAGAGCUAGAUUCAUGGAUGAUUUCAGUGGGCAGCUGGAUAAUUGUUUAAGGUUUCUUGAGUUUGCUCUUCACAAAGGUUUAUCUGAGUUGCAGCAAUUCCAUCAGGAUGUCCUAUACUUGUAUCAAAUUAUUUAUUCUGAUGACACUGAUGGCGAAAUAAGCUUCAAUAUGAGUCUUGCCAAGUGGGGAGAGUUGUCGGACUAUGAUAAAUUUAAAUUUAUGCUUAAGGGAGUCAAAGAGGAGAAUGUAAAUGAAAGACUACGCAAUAGAGCUAUUCCUUUUAUGCAUGGAAAUCUUCACAUGGUAUCCCUAAGCGGAGAUAUCAGUCUUCUUGAUUCUGCAAAUCAAAAUAUAGAGAAAUCAUUUCUGGUGAGAUGGUUGACAGAAACUGCUUUGGUGAAUAAAUUGAACAUAUGCUUGGUGGUUAUUGAGGAAGGGUGCAGAAACUUCCAAAGCAAUGCCUAUUUCAAAAGUGAUGUGGAAGCUAUUGACUGUGCUUUGCAAUGCAUAUAUUUGUCCACAGUUACAGAUAGGUGGAGUACAAUGGCAUCCAUUCUAUCUAAAUUACCUCCGCUACAUGGCACUACAAUUCAAAUAGAGAACCUUGAGAGAAGACUUAGACUUGCUGAAGGUCAUAUUGAAGCUGGGAGACUUUUGGCAUUCUACCAGGUCCCAAAGCCAUUAAACUUUUUUGUGGAGGCUGAAUCAGAUGAGAAGGGUGUCAAACAGAUCAUUCGCCUUAUUCUAUCUAAAUUUAUUCGCCGUCAACCUAGCCGAUCUGAUAGUGAAUGGGCCACCAUGUGGCGUGAUAUGCAAUACUUGAGGGAAAAAGCAUUUCCUUUCCUGGACCUGGAGUAUAUUUUGGUUGAAUUUUGCAGAGGGCUGCUCAAAGCUGGGAAGUUCUCUCUUGCAAGAAAUUACUUGAAGGGUACGAGUUCAGUUGCUUUGGCAUCGGAGAAGGCAGAAAGCCUUGUCAUUCAAGCAGCUAGGGAAUACUUUUUCUCAGCUUCAAGUCUUUCUUGUUCAGAAAUCUGGAAUGCUAGAGAAUGCCUUAACCUAUAUCCAAAUAGUGCAAAUGUCAAGGCAGAGGCAGAUAUUAUUGAUGCACUUACAGUUAAGCUUCCCAACCUUGGGGUGAACAUUCUUCCCAUGCAGUUCAGGCAAAUAAAAGAUCCUAUGGAGAUUGUGAAAAUGGCAAUCACAAGUCCAACUGGAGCAUAUUUUCAUGUUGAUGAACUUAUUGAAGUUGCUAGACUUCUUGGCCUGAGGUCUGCAGAUGAAAUAGCAGCUGUUGAGGAAGCUAUUGCUAGAGAAGCUGCAGUUUCAGGUGAUUUGCAAUUGGCAUUUGAUCUUUGUCUUGUUUUGGCCCGCAAGGGGCAUGGUUACGUGUGGGAUUUAUGUGCUGCAAUUGCAAGAGGUCCUGCUCUUGAAAAUAUGGAUGUAGACUCUAGAAAGCAACUUUUAGGCUUUGCUUUGAGUUACUGUGAUGAGGAAUCCAUUGGGGAGCUUCUCCAUGCAUGGAAAGACUUGGAUUUGCAAGGCCAGUGUGAAACAUUAAUGAUUUCGACAGGGACAAAUUCUUCAAGAUUUUCAUCACAGGGUUCGUCUUUUAACUCACUUCCCAAACAAAGCAUUCAAAAUAUUUGCUUUCAAGCGUCUAAUGGCAUGAAUACCAACAAUCAGGAUGUUCAUCUUGAGAAAAUUAAAGAAGAGCUUUCUGCUGUUGCUAAAAGCUUAACUAUUGGUGAUCAAGCAGAUUGGGCAUCGUCCUUGACUGAAAAUGUAAAAGUUCUGUCUUUUGCUGCUUCACAACUCCCUUGGUUGCUUGACUUGAGUAAGAAAGGAGAACAUGAUACAAAAUUCAUAACUGGGAAGCAGUAUUUGAACAUCAGAACACAGGCUGUGGUGACCAUUUUGUCCUGGUUGGCUAGAAAUGAAUUUUCCCCUAGAGACAAUCUGAUUGCUUCUCUAGCAAAAUCAGUUAUGGAGCAACCAGUUACUGAAGAAGAAGAUAUAAUUGGGUGCUCUUAUCUUUUGAAUCUUUUUGAUGCUUUCAAUGGAGUGGAAAUUAUAGAAGAACAGCUCAAAAUACGAAAAGAUUACCAGCAAGUUUGUAGCAUCAUGAAUGUUGGGAUGGCUUACAGCUUAUUACACAAUUCUGGAAUAGGGACUGAUCCUAUUCAGAGGAAGGAGCUAUUGAAGAUGAGGUUUAAGGAAAAGCAUGCAUCACCCACUUCUGAUGAAAUAGAUAAGCUUGGCAAGGUACAGUCCUCAUUUUGGAGAGAGUGGAAACUGAAACUAGAAGAGCAAAAGCGUCUGACUGAUCAUUCCAGAGCACUACAAAAGAUAAUUCCUGGGGUUGAAACAGAGCGUUUUCUGUCUGGGGAUUCCAUUUAUAUUGAGAAUGUAGUUCUCAAUCUCAUUGAGUCAGUAAAAAUGGAGAAAAAGCACAUUCUUAAGGACACUUUAAAAUUGGCUGAUACUUAUGGCUUAAAGAGUACUGAGGUGCUAUUGCAAUACUUAAGUGCUGUCCUUGUUUCUGAUGUUUGGACAAAUGAUGAUAUUACAGCCGAAAUUGCAGAUUUUAAAGGAAAAGUAGUUGAGAAUGGAGCCAAUACCAUUGAAACCAUUUCAUCAAUUGUAUACCCAGCAAUUGAUGGGUGCAACAAACUCCGGCUUGCUUAUGUGUAUGGCCUGUUGGCAGAGUGCUACUUGCAGCUGGAAAGCACCAAAGAUUCAUCACCAAUGACAUAUCACGAUCAUCAAAAUUCUGAUUUAAGGUUUGCUCAUUAUUACAGAGUCAUUGAGCAAGAGUGCAAACGUGUAUCAUUUGUUAACAAUCUUAACUUCAAAAAUAUAGCUGGUUUACAUGGUUUGAAUUUUGAGUGUUUUAGUGAUGAAGUUUAUGCAUGUAUAGACGACAGUAGCUUGUCAGCUUUGUCAAAAAUGGUACAGACUCUUGCAAAUAUUUACGGCGAUUCAUUGCCUGAGGGAUUCAUGUCAUGGCAGGAUGUCUACAAGCAUUACAUCCUGCAUUUGCUCAGUGAUUUGGAGAGCAAAGCUGCAAAUGAAUCUAGUGGCAGAACGCCUGAGUACCUUCAAAGCUUCAUAAGUAAGCUUGAGCACAGCUAUGGUUCAUGCCGAUCAUACAUUAGACUUUUGAGUCAGUCUGAUGCUUUGGGGAUCAUGAAGAAGUACUUCACUAUAAUCAUUCCUCUUUACAGUUCUUAUGGAUUCAUUCCAGACAAUUCAACAUGGCAAGACUGUCUUAUUGUUCUUCUAGACUUCUGGACGAGACUGGCAGAUGAUAUGAAAGAAAUUGCAUUGGAGGAAAGCUCAGGAGAAACUGUUUGCUUCAAUCCAAUGUGUUUAAUAAGUUGUCUGAAAGCUUUUAUGAAAUUGGUGAUGGAGGAUAUAAUCUCACCAAGUCAGGGAUGGGGAAGUAUUUAUGGCUAUGUCCAGUGUGGUUUGAGUGGCGAGUCUACUUUAGAAAUUUAUAAUCUCUGCAAAGCUAUGAUUUUUUCUGGCUGUGGGUAUGGGGCCGUUGCUGAGGUUUUUUCUGUUGCAUCGUCAGAAUCAGGUUUAGCUUCUGAUUCUGGCCAAGGUUCCCAAGAUCUUCCUCAUUUCUAUUUGGAUAUUCUGGAAGCUGUUCUGCAGGAAUUAGUCAAUGGAUCCCAUGAGAACCGGAACCUGUUUCAUAUAUUGUCAUCUUUAAGCAAGCUUGAAAGUGAUGUAAAAGUCAUGCAAUGUGUUAGACGUGUAAUUUGGGAAAGAAUGGUACAGUUCUCCGACAAUUUACAGUUGCCAAGCUCCAUCAGAGUUUAUGUGUUAGAGCUUAUGCAAUAUAUAUCAGGUAAAAGUAUAAAGGGUUUCUCAGCUGAAAUGGAAGCCAAUGUCCAACCGUGGGAAGAAUGGAAUGAGUUGCUUUAUGCUGGCAGCAAGAGUGAGACUGAUGUCAACAAGCAGUUGCUGGAUAACAAAGAUUCUUCUAAUAGGUUUACAAAUACUCUGGUUGCUCUAAAAUCAUCUCAGCUUGUAGCAUCGAUCUCUCCUAGCAUAGAAAUCACCGCAGACGACCUAUUGAAUGUAGACUCAGCUGUAUCUUGCUUUCUGAAGUUCUUUGGAGAAGCGAGUAAUGAUUCCCACUUCGAUGCUCUGAUAGCUAUUUUGGAAGAGUGGGAUGGACUGUUCACAACAGUGAAAGAUCGAGAAAGAGAAAAUGCUGCUGAAGCAUCUGAAGGUGGGAAUGACUGGAACAAUGAUGAUUGGGACGAGGGAUGGGAAAGUCUUGAGGAAGUGGAAAACACCGAGAAAGUAAAGAAAGGGGACUCUGCUUCUGUUCAUCCGUUACAUGUAUGUUGGACAGAAAUAUUUAAAAAGCUCACAAGCGUAUCAAGGUUUAGUGAUGUGCUGAGACUGAUUGAUCAAUCAUUAUUAAAACCCAAUGUUACGUUACUUGAUGAAGAUGAUGCCAGGAGCUUAAGCCAGAUAGCACUCGGCAUCGAUUGCUUUGCGGCUUUGAAGAUGACAUUGUUGCUGCCUUACAAAGCAUUACACUUACAGUGUCUGGCUGCAAUUGAGGAUAACUUGCGUCAAAGCAUCCCUGCUUUAAAGAUUAGGAACGUUGAGUUACUAAUUCUCGUUCUAUCAUCUGGGCUUCUCACUACUAUCUCCAGUGACUCCACCUAUGGUAAAAGUUUCUCUUAUAUCUUCUAUUUGAUUGGAAACUUAUCCAAUCAAUGUCAACAAGCUUUGGUAUCAGGUAAAAGAAUCAACACUAGUGAAGACGCUGAGAAUCCAUUGCUGCUUUUCAGAACGACCCUUUUCCCUAUGUUCAUAUCAGAACUUGUGAAAGCUGAUCAGCAUGUUCUAGCUGGAUUUCUUGUCACAAAAUUCAUGCACACUAAUGAGUCGCUGAGUCUCAUUAACAUUGCAGAGGCCAGUCUCGAUAGGUAUCUGGAAAGGCAGUUGCACUUGCUACAGGUCAAUGAGAUCCCUGUUGACAAGACAUGUAUAACACUGAAGAACACUGUUGGAAGCUUGAGAGGCAAGAUGAGCAGUUUAAUCCAGUCCACAUUGCCAUUGCUUCCUACUAGAGUUAGAUGAACGAAGUACCAAUUUUCACCCCUCAUGAUCCGUUUUUAUUCUUUUCAGCAAGCUCUUUUAAAGUAGCAUGUGCUAUCAGAUUAGGGUGUAAGGGUUUAUGGAUUAGUACAAUCGUAGUUGCAAUCUAUUGAGAGUUGGUCGCCGGGGGUGGAAACUGCUUGGUCUAAGGAAAGCUAAAUAGAAACUGAAAAAGUUGUCUACUUGUCUAAUUGACGAGGCCAAUGAGACGAAUUUGCUUCUAUGUAGAAGAGU